CAUGCACGUCGAAAUAAACGUGAAUAAGUUAUCAUCUGUCAUGGUGCAGGGACGUAAAUUUGGUCUCUAGUCUUUAGUAUUUACAAUGAAGUUGAAUAUAUUUUUUGAACAAUUCUAUCUACGCAUGGAUUGCCACCUAAUCUGUUUGGAGUGAAUUCCGUAGUAGCCAUGGAAGGAAUGUGGAUUUAAAUUCAGAACGUUGCUAGCGGAAAACCGACAUGCGGAUUUCAGUGCAAAAAGAAAGCCUCUGUUUGUUAGAAUUAGCUCAACGUUGCCGACAAAUUCCGGUGUAUCUUUGUGUUGUCCAUGUAUCCAGAUUUGCUUCUAACUAAGCGCAAGUAUUUGCAAGUUUUCAUAAUUCCGCUAGCAUUUUUUAAAAAUGCUUUUCAAAUCCAAGUAUGCAGUGGGAAAAUAUUUAGAUCAGUCAAUGUCCUGGAUGGUCACUGCUGACAAGAAACUCAAUGGAACAUAACUAAAUAGUGUGAAUGCAAAAAUCAAGGCAGAAUUGGGUGUUCUACAGCAAUCAACUCAUCCCUGAUUCAUGAAGCCUUUCCACCAUUUGCAUAGAGCAUCGAGAAUGAGAAGUAGCAGUCUGCUGCAUUUGCCUGGAAGGAUGAAACACUUGAGCUGGGUAACACCCAGAAUAAAGCAGCCUAUUCAACCGCAACAACACUCAUAAAAUGCUGGAGGCACUCAGCAGGUCAGGUAACAUCUAUGGAGGGAAGUAAACAGUCACUGGGACCGGAAAGGAAGGGAGCAGAAGCCAGAAUAAGAAGAUAGGAGAAAGUGGGGGUAGGGGAGUACCAGCCGACAGCUGAAAAAAGGUGAGGGAAAGGAAUGUGGGUAGGUGAGGGAGGGGGAUGAUGUAAGAAGCUGGGAAGUGGCAAAGGACUGAAGAAGGGAUCUAAGAACAGUGGGCCAUGGAAGAAAGGGAAGGAGGGGAACCAGAAGAAGGUGAUAGAUCAUGAGGACAGAGGAUUGUAAGAGAAGAGGUGAGAGGAUAACUGGAAUGGGGAACCAUUCUCUUUCCCUGUCUUCAAGGUUUGCCCAUCACCUCCCUGUGGUUCCUUUCUUCCUUCAUAGUCAUAGUCAUUCUUUAUUGAUCCCGGGGGAAAUUGGUUUUCUUUACAGUUGCACCAUAAAUAAUAAAUAGUAAUAGAACCAUAAAUAGUUAAAUAGUAAUAUGUAAAUUAUGCCAGUAAAUUAUGAAAUAAGUUCAGGACCAGCCUAUCGGCUCAGGGUGUCUGACUCUCCAAGGGAGGAGUUGUAAAGUUUGAUGGCCACAGGCAGGAAUGACUUCCUAUGACGCUCUGUGCUGCAUCUCGGAGGAAUGAGUCUCUGGCUGAAUGUACUCCUGUGCCCACCCAGUACAUUAUGUAGUGAAUGGGAGACAUUGACCAAGAUGGCAUGCAACUUAGACAGCAUCCUCUUUUCAGACACCACCGUGAGAGAGUCCAGUUCCAUCCCCACAACAUUCCCUUUAUUCCUUGGUCCAUUGUUCUCUCCUGUUGGAUUACUACUUUAGCUCUUCCACUUAUAACCUCCUAGUUUGCAUCACUUCCCCUCCCUCUCACCCAUUUUACCCCUCAACUUGUCUCACCGAUCACCUACUUUUUUUCCUCCCCCCCCGACCUUUUUAUUCAGAUCCUGUCCCCUUUCUUUCUAGUUUCGAUGAAGGGUCUUUGCUUGAAACAUAGCCUGUUCAUUUCUUUCCAUAAAUGCCACCUGACCUGUUGAGUUCCACCAGUAUUUGAGUGUAUUAUUCAAGAUUUCCAGCAUCUGCAGAAUCUCUUGUGCCUACCAUUUAACUGGAGCAUUGUAAUAAUGUUGUAUAGUUCUUUCAAGAGACUUUAUGGGAACUUGGCAAAGCUGCUUUGACAGUACCUCCACUAUCAAAAAGGAGAGAAACCUUUCCAACACCAUUCAAGAUUAACUAUCCUGGUUGAUUCGAAAAUCAGGCAAUGGUGCAAAAAGGAGUUCAAAGGACACCUGCAAGAAGGAAACAUUUUCCAUUUCAGCGCCAUUUGUAUCGUGGCAAGUGACUUUUUUAUUGGGCUGAUUUAAAAGGAAAAAAAAAAUUGCAUGUUUUGGAACACAAUUGGAACACUGCAAAUGUUUGCUUGGAAUUGCUACCAUAGAGUUAUAGAGUUGAUGCAUCACUCUGCUCUUUCUGAAAUCUACUUUUACCAACAUACUGAAAUUUUGAACAAACUCAAAAAAUGCAAUUUAAAUGGUUAAGAAUACUGCUGCCAAAAAUGGAAAGAUUUUCACAGAAGGAAAGUGUUGCUUGUAAUACAGAUGUCUCAAUGAAGUGUGGUACUGGAAGAAAGCAGACUGCAAGAAAGGCUGUAGUAAUGAAGACUCUUCUUGAUCCUGCACAGCAAAAGGCUAAACAGAACCCUGUAAUGAGUGAAAGGGGAAUAGAAAGUUCUGAUCGUAGGAAAGCAUAUGGAAAACAGAUUACUGAAAUGUUAAUGUUUUGUGUUAAGUGUAAAGAUGUUCAGAAGUUCAGCUUUGCAGAACUCAAGGAACACUGUCAACAGAAACACCCUGAUGAUAAACCCAUGUUUGUCUGUAGCAAAUGUGGUUUCACCGUGGAUGAUGUGGAACGAAUGAAUGUGCAUGCAAUUUCACAUAAAGUAGACAGUCCUUUAAGCACAGGUCCUGGUAAUGGCAAGGAAGGUCAAUCCUCGCGUGUAGAGGGAAAACAACAUAAAACCAGACAUUUAAAGCCAGAUACAUUGUACUGUAAUAAAUGCAGGUUUUCAACAAAAGAUCCACUUCAGUUUCAAAAACACACGCUAAGGCAUGAUGAAAUUCAGUAUAAGUGUGGACGAUGUGAUCAUGUUUGUUACACAAGGGGAGAAUUCCAACGUCACUCUGUACAACAUACUGGAACGUUUCCCUUUAAAUGUAGGUAUUGUGAUUAUGGUGCAGUACGAAAGGAUUAUGUUGUGAAACAUACCAAGGGAGUGCAUAGAGACAUUGUAAAAAAUGGUGGAUCUGUCCUCGUUCUACCAAUGCGGAAAGGCCAUAAGAAAGCUUUCCCUAAACCGUAUAAUGGCUUAAAAGGUAAGCAAACAACAACUUCACAAAAUGAAAAUUCUGCCGGUAUGAUCUUAAAUGAUCAAAUGGCAGAUUCGGUGAAUAUGGCUCCAAAUCUCCAAGAGACUUCCUGUCAACUCCAGGACUUGGAUAUUGCUGUUCUUCCACAGGCAGAUAUCACAGUUUCUGGUGAAAAUAAGUGCAGUGAUAAAACUGUACAAUAUGUUAAACGUUCGAACUGUUUUCCCACUGAUGCUAGAAGGAUUCGCCUGCAGGUACUUGCAAAUUCUAAGCACAUUGUUCAGCCUGGUACUCCCUUAACCUUGGUUACCCCAGCACAAGUAGUUAUUCCUUCAAAUUGUUUGGCUCAAUUAAUAGAAAUAAAAUCUGUUAAUGGAAAGCAACAAUUGGUAUUCAAGCUAAUACCACAAGCCUCAGCAACUGCUUGCCCUGUCCUAGGCUCUGAUGCAUCGGGAAUAGCUUCUUUUUCUUCACAAGAAAUGGAACAAGACAUGAACAUAAAACUUGCAAGUCGACAGAAGAGCAGUAUGUCAAAUAAUUCACCUACAUUUCUUCCAAAAAAUAUUGAUCAUAAUUUACUUCCCCAUUUUGAUCAUUUGAAAGAAGAUUUUGACGCUGAUCAGAAUGGUAUGGUAAUGAAUACUAAGACAAUCUAUUCAACUUCUCAUAUUUUAGAUGAUAAAACAAGAAGCUCUUCCACAUUGGAGUUCAGAAACAAAAGUAAUCCAAAAUGGAAACAAAAGGUAAUUACAGACCAACUACAAGUCGGAGAAUCAGUCACAACUGAUUCAACUUGGGCUUCACAGCAGAAUGGCUUUGUAUCGCCAAAUAUUUUGGGAAAAGCAGUGCAUUGUGUUCUAGAUGGCAAAACCAUUGUACCUAAUUUGAAUCUAGAUACCCAAGAGAUUAUUACUCAAGUUGAUAAUGAAUCCUUAACUUUCUCCGGAUCUAAGGAAAUGCAGAAAAGUAAAAGCCCGUAUUUAACUAAUGAAGUUGCAACAGGCAAAGGACAAGAAUCUGUUUCAAAUGGUGAGCAAACUUUCCCAUCAAGAUUCAACAACACAUGCCUUGAAGUCACCUCUAUUAACAAAACUUUUGAAAAACCAUUUGUACAGCUGCCUAAGGUUGUGCAUGUGCUCCCAAAACCAGAAGUAUGUUUGUGUGAUAACCAAUUAAUGGGUUCUGGUUGCAAAACUGCAAUAAGAUCAGUGGAAUCUUUGCCAGUCAAUGGAACUGAAACCAGUACACAACUUUGUAUUAAGUCAUUCUCUGCAUCUCCUGACACUAGUACGACUACACAGGUGCAGGUGUCUUCUGCCUCAUCCAGGAAUGUCACAUCUUCAUCUUCUCAAAACCAUGGCCUUCAAGUUGCUUCUAAUUUUUUACCUGUACAACCCAGACUUGUAUCCAAAGAUACAAAUCAUGCAGAGCAUUUGAUAUGUCAGGGAACUGAAAUUGUUAACAAACAACCCAUUAAUGAACCUUUUAAAAGUGGAUUUGAAAAUCAAAAUAUGUGUUGUACUGCAGUACAGAAUUUUAGAAACAUAUCUACAUCAUACUUGCUUCCACCAGAUAGUAAUGAAGUCUGCCACAUAGACAGUUCGCUCCAUACACUGAAAAAGUGUGAAAAGAACAGAAAGAUGCCAGAUAUGCUGUUAAAUUCAUUGGAACAUAGGGAAACCAUUGCCAAUGAUAUCAACAAAUCAGGACACAAUAACCAAAUAUUGGUUACAAAAACACAUAAGGAUUUGCAAGAAAAGACUAAUUGUCCUAGCUCAGCAGGAGUUUCUAUCAACAUGUUUACUUCUCGGUCAACUAGCAGUCUUGCCGUCAUGAGCAAAGUACAUGAUGACAAUGAACUAGGUAAAAAGGGAUUUUUAUCUAUUAACCCAGAUGCUCAUUAUAGUCAGGAUACAUUGCAAGGCAUUACAGUUAAUGCAGACUUAAGUGAUUUUGGUAGCCAUCAUGAUUUGGAAGGCAACAAGUCCACUGAAGACCAUUUGGUUGAUACACAAUGGCCAAUAAUUUCCUCAGUGUUUUCUCUUAGCUCCAGUACAGAUAUUCCAGAUAUUCAAUGGGACAAUGACCAAGACAGUCCUUCAUUUGCUUCUGCACAGAUCCUAAAACCCAAUUUAUGUCCCCUGAUUCAGGCAGAUUGUACAAAUCCAUCAAAUAUGUUUGAAGAAAGAAAAUCAAAUAAAGAAUGCCAGAUAAGUGAACAGUCACAUCAUAAGAAUCCAGAGCAUGUAUCCAAAUCUGGAGAUGUAUGCCUCAGUACCACUGCGGUUCGAUCAGUGGAAAGUAGAAACCAAUUUAAAUUAUCCAGGGAUAAAAAUCUGUGUCUUUCCUUAUUACCGCCCGUGUCACCUAUUGGGAUUGAAGACAGUUCUGCACAUAGAUUCGAGCAGUUUGAUGAUGACGUUCAUAUGACCCAGGAUGCACAUGGGUUGUAUUCUGGUGAAUUUUCUUUAAAUCAAACUAGUUCUAAUGUAUGUUUAGGACAGUCUCCCACAAGCUGUAAUAACACAAUAGUGGAGCAUUCCACCCAUGUCAAUAGUUUUGUACAGAUAAAACAAUUAAUUAUCACACCUAGCUCUACUGAAAAUUCAACAACUUCUCUGACACAGAACCAGCAAACUAAAUUGGUCUCUUCCCCGAAACUAAAUGUGCUGAAUUUAUCCCCAGAUGGUAUAUCCAUCCAAAGCAAGUCACUGCCAAACAUUCCAUUGUCAGAAAGAUUUGGGAAACCUUCUGUUUUGCAUAAUAUUAGUGGCAACUUUCUACUUUCACCUUCUCCUUCAGGGGAAACAAAUGUUCUUGAAGAACACGUUCAGCAUCAGGUUGGACUUGCAAAGGUUUGUGAACCAAAUGGCAGCAGUUCUGAUGGUGUUUCCUUUUAUCAGAAUAUUUGUCAUUUCUCAGACGAGGUACAAAAAGAUGUGCCUAUAACUAGUGCUGUGAUGUCUUCCGUGAAUCUGUGCCAUCAGCUUAGCAGUGAUAACAAAGAUUCUUUGUUUUCAUCAAGCACAAAUUUGAAAAAUGUUAACUCUGCUCAUGAUGCUGAGAACCAUGAGCAGGUACCUCACAACCUUGGCCAAACACCGCAGCUUCCACCUACAAAACUACAGAACGUUUCACUUUCAGUGUUGUUUCCUGCAGGCAACCAAAGCAAUCAUACAAAAGUGCAAUUAAAGCCACUUAGUAACAGCAGUAGAACACAUUCUGUGUUACCUACUAGUAUCAACCAGGGACAUUGCGCUAUACCAGUUGAUGCAUCUAAUCAGACUAAAUGUGUUAAUCAUCUUGUUAAUUCCCAAAAUACUGAUGAAAUUAGGAACAAUAAACCAAACUGCCUUUGGGAAGGUGGGUCUAGAAGUGCCAUCAUGGGGCAGAAUGUGCUAAAUCCACUUCCUCAUUUGCAAACUAUGCCAGAAAUUCCUUCUUUAUGUACUACUGCAUUUCCGGUCCAUUCCAUGGAACCCCAAAUUAAUCCUGAAAGCACACCACCACCUCAUCACCAAAUGAAAGACACUGACUGCACAAGACAUGAAGCCACUUACAAGGUUGUUCCAAGUGGUAUUGUGCUUAGAGUAUUAAAUGCUGCCGAAGAGUCCAAACAAAAAGCAUCAGCGGUAAGAUGCGAGGUUGUCAACCAGUCGCAAAAAUUGAGUGAAUUCUCUUCGUUGGUUUCGGAAAGCACAGCAAGAAAUUCAGACAUGCAGGCACCAUUAGUGACAAAGAAGUGCAAAGAACCUAAUUCUCUAAGUAAUUCCUCUCCCAAAGCAAAACAGACAUACAGGAGCUGUAAUAUGUCUUCUGUUUUGAUUGACAAACCAAACGUAUGUAAUACUACUACAAUUAAGUUAGUUGCUCGUCAGAAAUCUCAGCAGUUGAAGGACAGCGAAGAAUUGCCAUUGAAACGGAAGUGUACCAGGAAAGGAAAAACAGAUCAAGUACAGCAUUUAAAAAAUGUAGAGAAAAAAAACAAUCUUGUUCCCAUUGCUACUGAUACUUGUGAGUCGUUAAAGACUGCCCGCAAGCUGAGACUCAAGCCGUUUAAUGACAGUCAGUUGGUGAAAUGCCCUCGCCGCAAUCAGCCUGUAGUUGUGUUAAAUCAUCCAGAUGUAGAUGUUCAAGAGGUAACAAAUGUAAUGCAAACUAUAGGCAAGUACAGAGGACAUGUACUGAAAGUGGUUUUAUCGGAGAGAACAGUUAUUUCUCUCAAUUUAAAGAAAAAGCAACAAAGACAAGAGAUUGCAAAUCAAAGUAUUUUACAUGAUAAAUGGCAGAAUUGCAAGGUAGUCAGUCCAGUAAAGGAAAGGCUUAUGUUGAAAAUGAAACUCAAAAAGAUUCACAAAAAUAAUUAUCAGAUUGUGAAUAAUACUCAAAAUGAGCAUUUGCAAUUUAAAUUCCACUGUUGGUUUUGUGGGCGCAUGUUUUGUGAUCAAGAAGAAUGGAUUGCUCAUGGACAACGUCAUUUAAUGGAAGCCACCCGGGACUGGAACGAUGUCGCCACCAUUCAAGAAACAACAGGAAAUGGAACUGAAGUACUGAAUGCGGAAAGGAAAUCUAAUCCAUAAUUACAGAUCCAGAAAUUUAAGAACUCUAGUUGGUAUUGGCCAAGAAUACACACAAUGUAGAAUCAUGCAUUCUGGCUCACUUACUGGUUUGAAAUCUUUAAAUGCUGCUUUAACUUUAAUGUAAAUUAUACUUUGGUAAGGUGAGUUACGUAACGUAGUUUACUGUCCCUUGGCAAAGCGUGCAGUGCAGAAAAUUCAAAAGGAAAGCUAUAAUUUAUCAUUAAAGAAUUACAAUUGGAAGAGACGUUGGAAUGUUCUAAUGUAAUACCCAUCACAAGAAAAUAAUACUGAAUGUACAAUGAGGAACUUGUAUUUAGAGAUUCUUAAUUUUGCUCUAGGUUCUGUAUUCAUUUUGCUCUUAUUUAAUACUUAACAUUUUGUAGAGUUGAAGUAAACUAACUUAUGAAACAAGUGCUUUUUUGCACAGUUUUGAAAUACUUUACAUUGGUAUUUUAUUAGUGCACUUGGUGAAAUGUUGAAUGUUCAUUUCUGAUGUAUAGGCAGAUGGUGUCUGAAGUAUUAAAUUUAUGUGCACCAUUUUGAAGAAUAUGCCAUGAAAUUCAUUUCCAUCAGCAGUGUUAAGUGUUAGUGGUGGUGUACUAUGCCUGAAGUUUCAUUCCAUUGGAAUGAAUUAGGGAUUUGGUAUGCCAUACGUUGGGUUUUAGUUUUUGUACUAUUAUAAGAUUGACUAAUUUCAAUAUUAUAUUUGAUUUCAAUUGAAUAAAUGUUUGGAGGUGGUGUGUAAUGUGCUGACAUUAGUUAUAUAGGAAAUUUAUUGCUCCUAAAUGGAUGAAUUUCAAUGCAAUAAUUUGUAGAGUAGAUUAAACACCACAGUUAAAUGUGUUCAAGAAAUUGAUGUUUUUGCAUUCGUUCAGUUUAUAUUUGGCAUAAUAAACAAAAUGGGGAGAUGUUCUUGUUUUAAAACAUGGCUUUUGUUGGGCACUUGCUUUUUACUCUGGAUAUAUUUUAAUUUCAAUAUCAUUAUGGCUUCUAAAGAACAGACAGAUUGGAGUUCAAGUACUUCAAUUUGUUGAAAACUUUUAAUUUCCCAUGCUACCAGUAUGAAAUAUUUUUGUAUUAAUUUUGAAUUAUGGAAAAAUCUUGCUUUUUCAUUUAAAUUAGCUUUCAUGCCAUUAAUUCUGUCUGUUACCAAUAUAAAUUCUGAACUUGAAUCUUAUUUGUGGAAUUGUUUUUGGUCUAUAUUUAUAAACCAUUGUAAAAUUACAAGUUACUGAGUUUUCUAGUUUAAUCAUGCUUUUCCUUUUCCUUGAAACAUUACAUUUGCUUAGACUAAACAUUUGCUUGUUUAGUCUAAGUUGAGAUACUCUGUAACAACUGAAAGACUGCCUGCCUUACAGAAGUGCUGUAAUUGAUGUUACUCAAAGCUGUUUUAAGUGACAAUUUAAAAAAAAUUAGUUAGCCCCAGACAAUAGAAGAAUAUCAGAGUUUGGUAUUGGGAACAACAUGACUUCAUUCAAAAAAUAUUAGCUGCUUUUAAAAUGACCAUAAAAUAGACUGAGAAAUAUUAAAGGAAUCUUCAUGGACCAUGCUGCUAAUUACGUUGAAGA